CGGAAGUAGAACUCCCUGCUCUGUACCGGAUAUUACCGCGGAGCUGAGGUCAGAAGUUCUCUCUCACAGCCAUCUUGGAUAUAGCAUCCCGAAUCGCAACCAUGCCUGGUGAAGCAACAGAAACGGUCCCAGUCACCGAGCAGGAGAUGCAGCAGCCUCAAGUGGAGACCGCUGAAGGAGCAUUGGAUUUCUCCGCUCCCCCUGAGAUGACCAUUCCUGUGAGCAAAACAAUCCCACUGGAGAAUCCUACAGAAACUUCUGAUCCUGCUCAAGCGAUAGCCUUCACAGAAGAAGCUAGCAUUCAGACCAAUGAUGAUAAAGCAAAUGGUGUAGCUGCGACUCAAGACAUCACUGAGCAAACUGAAGAGACUGGGUUGGUGGCCACACCUGUCACACAGGAAGAGGUGACUGCUGAACCAGCAGGGGCUUCAGCUGACAUGCCAGUUCCAGAAGAAUCUUUGCCUGCUGUCGAAGCGCCCAUUGUUUCCGCAGAAGAGCCACCAGCUCUUGAAGAAGCAGUUCCAGCUAAAGAGGUACAAAGUCAAGAGUCUGCUGUUGCUACUGAAGAAACUGCCAUCGAGGAGGUUGAAAAGAUUUCUGUUGAAGCAAAGACCACUGAAGAGGAGCCCAGUGCAGCGGCAGAAGAAAUUCCUGAUGUACCGAAACCAUCUACUACUGAAGCAAAGACCACUGAAGAGGAGCCCAGUGCAAUGGCAGAAGAAAUUCCUGAUGUACCGAAACCAUCUGUUACUGAAGAUAUCGGUGCCAGCAGUGAAGAUUCUCCACAGACGGAGAUUAAAAACUUGAGGAAUCUUUGCCUGGAUGCAGCUGAUGAUGAAGUGUUGCCUGCUGAAGUGACUGUCGACCCGCCUACCGUAAAUGAAGAUCUGGACAAGCAAGAUGCUAUUACUCUUCUCACCAAGGCCAUUCAGUCAAAUCAGCCCUCCAAAUGUGACCACAUCCCAUCUCUUUCCACUCGCCACCAUUCAGGAUCCGGUACCGAGUCUGACAGCGAUGACUCAGUCCCUGAUCUGGAGGAACAGGACUCUGCACAGACACAGACACAGCAGGCUCAGCUUGCAGCAGCAGCUGAAAUAGACGAGGAACCUGUCAGCAAAGCCAAACAGAGCCGCAGUGAAAAGAAAGCACGAAAGGCAAUGUCAAAGCUUGGUCUCAGGCAGGUAACGGGCGUCACCAGGGUCACUAUUCGCAAGUCAAAGAACAUCUUGUUUGUCAUCACCAAGCCAGACGUCUACAAGAGCCCUGCAUCAGACACAUACAUCGUCUUCGGUGAAGCUAAGAUCGAAGAUCUUUCCCAGCAGGCCCAGCUGGCUGCCGCAGAAAAGUUCAAGGUACAGGGAGAAGCAGUUUCAAACAUCCAGGAAAACACACAGACGCCAACAGUACAGGAGGAGAGCGAAGAAGAAGAGGUGGAUGAGACCGGAGUUGAGGUCAAGGACAUCGAACUCGUUAUGUCACAAGCCAACGUGUCGCGAGCGAAGGCUGUACGCGCUCUGAAAAACAACAACAAUGACAUCGUCAAUGCUAUUAUGGAGUUGACAAUGUAAUGGGACCCUGGCACAAAAGGGUUAAAGAAAGGUUGCUGAUUUGAGCUCGUUUAUACAAUUUAUACCCAAGAUGGAAAUAAAGUUGUGGCUUGAUAAAAUGUAA